AUGGAGACCGGCCUAUGCCAGGGGUCAGUACUGAGCGUAACCCUAUUUCUCAUCGCUAUUGAUACGAUCACUCAGUUCUUACCAAACGGAGUAUUCUGCCUUAUCUACGCUGAUGAUGUGAUUCUAGUAGCCGAAGGGAUUGAUUACGCGCAAGUGGAAGCAAAACUUCAAAACGCUUUAGAUGCGAUCACUGAAUGGGAAACCCAAACCGGCUUUAAAAUAUCAGCCGAAAAAUGCGCUACAGUGAUCUUCAAGGCCACCAGAGCCAGAAAAAUCUCAGAAUGCAAGCUGCAAAAAAAUGGAGUGCUGAUUCCUCGAAACAGUACACAUAAGUGCCUCGGAGUAAAGUUCGACCAAAGCUUAACUUUCCAAAAACAUGUUGAGGAAAUUAGAGCAGCCUGCAAACAACGAUUACAGUUCCUCCGUUGCGUGGCCAACAGGUCCUGGGGAGGCGACAGUAAAACAAUAACAAAGCUAUACAAAGCCACUAUAUUAGAAAAAAUUCUGUACGCAGCUCCAAUCAUAGCAUCUGUCCAGGAUUCUACUCUGAGAAAACUCGAUACCCUGCACAACACCGGACUAAGAGCGAUAAGCGGAGCUUUUCAAACUAGCCCUAUCGAAAGCCUGCACGUUGCUGUUGGAAUUCCCAACCUGCGAACGUUGCUACAACAACGCACAGCAAUGUUUGCAGCAAAAAUGAAGGCGUGCGAGGACAGCAGCAACGACGAACCGUCACUCAACGAGCGAAGCAGCGAGCAAUCUAACGUGUCCGACGAAGAACUUACAACUGAUAGCAAUGGAAGUUCUGGCGAACUAUGGGGCACUCCAAAACCAAAACACGAAACAGAACUUACCGAACCAGCAAGAAUUCGCGGUAACAACAUACUGGAGGAGUUGGGGCUCAAAUUGCCUCUACUGAACAUUUUCACAGUACCAAAAUCCGCACCUUGGAAGAGAACCCGAAUCGCUGUGGAUAAAAGUCUACUUCAACCAGUCAGACAAGGAUAUUGCAGCGCGGUCAUCCAACAACUUUUUCAUAGACUCAAGUUGACUCGGUAUCGAAUCCAUCGAUUCGUAUUUACAGACGGUUCGAGAAAAGACAACAAGAGCGAGUUCAGUGUAAUCACCGACGAUGUUGUGAUAAGACGCCGAAUCGACGACAUGAGCAGCAUUUACGCUGCAGAAAGCGAGGCAGCGAUGGAAGCAUUAUCGUGGGUGGCAAACCAAGACGGAGCAGGUGCAUAUCUUAUAUGUACCGACUCACUGAGCGUAGUUACGGGGCUAGAAACACUUAAAAUUACCAGUAGAUGGAGAGAUGAUAUCGGGAUGCUAUACAAUCACUGCAAGAACACACAGAAAGAUGUCACAUUUUGCUGGGUGCCCAGUCACAUCGGCAUAGCGGGAAACGAACGGGCGGACAGAGAAGCCAAAGCAGCACUAGAAGGUAUCAUAGACACGGAAACAGCGUUGGAUUAUAAAGAAAUGCGAAGAAACAUAACAAAACGUACCGUUUGGAAAUGGCAAGAGCAAUGGCAAUCUACAACAAACAACAAAUUAUGCGAAGUGAAGAACGCGGUGACCCCAUACAUAGCAACUGGAAAAACUCGACGGGAAAAUGUGGUGCUUACCCGACUCCGGAUUGGACACACAAGCCUUACACACAAAUUCCUGCUUGAGAGAGACGAACCACCAAAAUGCCGGGUUUGCAACGAGCGUUUGACGGUGAAACACAUCAUCGCUUUCUGCCCAGGAUUGGAAGAUGAACGUAGAAGCACAGGACUACCAACGAGUAUGAGAGAAGCAUUAGCGGACGACGAUGCGUCAAUCAACAUUGUAAUUGAAUUUUUUAAAAAGACAGGAUACUUUGAAAGCAUUUAG